AUGUUUGAAUAUAAAAAUCCUUUGGAAAUAGAGAAAUCAGCACAGAUGAAAGACCUUAUAAUCAAGAAUUUAGAGCAAGAGAAUACAGGCCUUAAGACUAUGAUACUUGACCAUCAGACUAACCUGAAACUAAACAAAGAAGCCAUUGCUGAUCUAUUAGCGACUAUUAAAUAAGGACAGUGAGGUCAAUAAGAAGCAUGCAAGGAGAGGCUCCUGGUUUAGUUCUGGAACAAAAGGCUCUGCUCCUACUGAAAAGACACAUUUGGUCAACACAAUUAAUAAAUUUGUCUCAGAGAAUCUAAAUCUUCAGAAUGAGGUGUUUAGGAUCCAAGAGAUUGUAGGUAAUAGCUUACAAGAGAACUCCGAACUCCGGUAUCAACUUGCUGUAUUGCGAGAAAGAACUGAAUCUCUGUCCAAAUAAGGAUGCUUGAGUGCAAACAAGCCAGAAGCUAACUGCUCCUAUACAAAGACAGCCUCUGGAUCCCUCUCCUCAAAAUUUUUAUAUCCUUCGGUUAAAGAAAAAGAUUAGACACUAUAUGGAGCUUAUUAAAAAGUAUAGAGGAUUUCUAGACGAACUGAGACAUGAUUAUUCAAUGCCCAGUGAACUCAUUGGAAAUAUCGAAGAUAUGCAAGUCGAUGACUCCUUCCAGCUCAUGAGUUCUUACGUUGAGUCAAACCUGGAUGUUGAUAGUGGGCUUUAUGACAAUACCUUCAAUCAAGAUAGUAAAAUUGAGAACACAUUUGAUCUUCUGGAAUGUGAGUACUCAAAGGAACUAAAAUAUAUAAAAGAAGAUAUCUCUGGAAAUACGACUAAGAAACCACAAAGUAAUAUCAAUAAGAGAAUGGAGGACAUGCAGAGCCAUAAAACCAACUCUUACUUCAACUAUAUAAAAAAGGUCGAUGUAAAUAAGCACAGAGAUUCUAGAGGAUUUCCUAAUGCUAGCUUUGGAAAAUCUAGCCGGAUUAACGACUCAGAGUCUUUUCAUUAUGAUCCCAGAGAUGAAGACAAGAGUAAUAUAAGAGCUUCUAAGCUUGGCACAAAUUUCCAGAAUGAACAAGAUGAAAAUGAAAGAUCCCUCAUUUUACCUCAAUUUGAUACUUUUAGCGCUUGCCCUCAAAUACAUAAAAGUGAUGAAUUCAAGAAAUCACAGAAAACUAUCCGGGCUUUUGAGGAAGAAGCUCAAAAAGAAGCUCAGAUAAUGGCUCAGGAGAGGAUGACAUUUGGAGAUGACAAGAUUGAGGUAGUGAAGGAUAUUCAAGUUCCUAAAGACAACUCACUGAUGGACUCUUUUCUCCUUGAAAUCACUUCCAAAAAGCCAGAUUGGAAGAGUGAUGAAGUAAAGGCGAAAAAGGCUCCAGCUAGGAAGUAUCGAAAUAUGUAUUUAAAAUUAGCUAAAGGGAAGAAAUUGAAACUUCCUCGUAAGCAAGAUUAAAAGUUUUCAAUCAUAAAAAA